CUGGUGUUAACAUGCUGUGGAAAGGGCUCCUGUGGAAUUGCUGAUUCAUUUGCCCCAGCAGAAGCAUCACUUGUGUGUGAGCGAGAACGAGAAGCUCACAGUGCCCUGAAGUUGCAAUAUGAGAUGACUUUAACAGACAUCAAGGAGUCACUAAAAGGCUCUCUGGCUGAAGCGGAGAGGAAAAAUGAGCAGAUGAUGGAGUUCAAUGUUCAGCUAGAGAACGAGAAGUCAGACCUGAUGCACACUGUACACGAACUGAGAGGCAAAGUAUCUCAGUUGAUGGAAAUGUUCUGUGACAUAGACAUGACUUGUGGCACAAUAAAGCAGGAUCAUGAGCAAAUGAGGGAGGCUUACAGAAUUCUAAAGUCACAGUAUGAAGAAGUGUUAAAACAACAAGAUGCGUCCCUAAUGGAGUGUGCACAAGAGUGGGAGGCUCAAAAUAUCCUGAAGUUGAAGUGUGAUCAAAUGAAGGUCUCUCUGGCUGAAGCUGUGAAGAAAUAUGAGCAGGUGAUGGAGUCAAAUGCUCAGCAAAAGGAUGAGAACUAUGACCUGAUGUACCAGGCGAACACACUGCAAGACUCAGUGCAGCAGCUCAAGAUGGAGCUCUCUGAAUCAUGCAGGAAGUUUGACGAGGUAAAAAGGGAGUGUGAGAAAGAACUGGAAGUUUACCAUAUGCUGCAGUCACAGAAUGAUGAGUUGAAGAUGUUGUUAAAUCAUAACGAGGAGUUAGUAAAGAUCACUCUGGCUGAAGCCGAGAGGAAAUAUAAGCAGGUGAUGGAAUCUAAUGCUCAACCGGAGAAAGAAAAGUCAGAGCUGAUGUACCACCUACACAGGUUCAGUGUUGCAGCUGGAGGAAAUAUGAUUCGAUGAAGCAGGGGUCGCCACAGCGGAUCUUUCAUCUCCAUUGCUCCCUGUCUUCCGCAUCCUUCUCUACCACACCUGCCACUUUCAU